GUCAACUGUCAAUUUCGUUUCAGGUCAAUCAAAUCGAAGGAAAUUGUAACAAAUAUUUUGUUGCGGUAUUCCUCCUAUUUUUCCAAUCAAAAUAUAUCUGUCAAUUUCAAAAUAAAUUCCAAUGAUGUAUAUGGCCGAGGAAAGCCGGGUGGAUUCGGGGCGUUACACCACAAAUUCGCAGUCUAUACAGUUCGGACCAUGGUUCAUUUCGUACGACGUGAGUUGUAUCCUUCCCAGCGUCUGUUCUACAAAGCUUGUUUGUGAAAGAGACGAUGAUCAAUUUUGUCAGUUCUGUAUAUACUCGAAAGAGCUAAAAAUACCGCACUUUCCUGACAUGGUGUUUCCUAAGAAUGUCCUGUCGCUAUCUCACAAUAGUGGUGCUAAGAUAGUAUUUAACCCACUAGAUGCCUUGAGGCAUGUUGCAAGUACUGUGGAAAACAUAGAGGUGUCUUGUGCAGAGGCCUGGCAAGAAUCCAGACCAGAUGCAACUAAAUUGAAGAAAGCCUUUGAUUGGACAUUCUCAACGGAUUACAAAGGGACCCUUACUGACAAUAUUGUUAUUGAAGCAACAAAUGAAAGUAUUGACUUUGAAAUAUUGAAGAAAAAAGAUCAGAUUUUGUUUUAUCAUGAUCUCACCUUAUUUGAAGACGAACUUCAUGAUCAUGGUGUGUCCAAACUGUCUGUAAAAAUAAGAGUGAUGCCAUCAUAUUGGUAUGUUCUGCUCAGGUAUUUCUUGAGGGUCGACGAUGUUUUGGUGCGGUCUUUCGAGACCAGAAUGUUCCAUAUGCUCAACACAAACUAUGUACUCAGAGAGUUUACUGCAAAGGAAUCAAAAGCUUCAGACCUGAAGAUACCAACAGCACACAUGAAAGAAGCAGAUGACGUCAUUCCCUUGCUACCAGUGAAAGAGAAAACGACGCAGAAAUUGGUUGUGAAUAUCGAUCAAACUUCCUAGUACUUACUGAUCUCUACAAUUAUGAAUUUAAGCUCGUGGUGUAGGAUAAGCAAUAAACUUUGAUUAGGCCAAAGUCAAGUUUUUUUAUUUAUUUUGAUACUUGUUGGCACUACGAAAAAUAAUUUAAGUUUUCCAUCGCCUUCUAUUUAGUCAGUCUUCCUGAUAAUAUCAAUUUAAUUUUGCGACUUACACGUCUCUAAUACAAUAAAUAAGAUUGCCUGAAAACCCAGAUUAAGCAAUAUUGUACUAUUUUUGAUAAUUAGUAAUUAUAAAUUAAAUAUUGCUGUCGUCAAGCCAAAAAUAUGUUAUAUCAACCAUCGUUUGAUAAGUGGAAAUAUCAUUAAUUAUUCCUAAGUAGGUACCUACUAUAAAUAGGUUUUAUACCAGUUUGUAGAUCUGCUUACUGCCAUUAGG